AAAGUUCCUGCUGUCGCCUCUGCUGAUUCUGGCAGGUGUACAGACAUCGGAAUUCCGCGAUGCCAUGAAGAAAAUGGACAAAAACAUGAAGAUAGCCAUCCAAAUGGGAAACGAGUUGGAGAGAUAUUUUGACCAGGCGACGGGAAGUCCUGGCCAGAAGGUGUUCAACAUCAAGCCGGCCAAGAACGCCUUAAUCCGCUUCAGUUACUCCAAGCCACAAGGCCACCAGGACUUGGAAAACUCCAAUGGCAAGCGGCGCCCGUCAGUAUCCGCCAGCAGCGCCACUAGCAAGCGACGCCAGCAGCCAAAGUACUUCCUGAACUUUAACUUUAAAAACCAUCGAAGGUCUAAGACGGAUGUGGAUCAGCCGUCGACCACCGUUCAGCCAAGAACGGGGCGGGCUCGUCAGAAGAGACUUCGCAACGGAAUGCCCAAUCCCUUCAAGUUUUUUCCACUUAAGGGCGAAAAUAUCUAGCAGUGACUAUCAUUUUUAUUUACAAACCAAAAUAUUUACUCGCUGAUAAGAAAAUAUUUGAUCAAUCGAUUAUACCCCAUCCAAAA